CCCCCACAAUCCAGAAGCAAAAACUUAGUAGUAGUGGACGCUGUCGGACCAGUAACAGUGUGAAUAUGGCGGAGCUAAGUGCUUUAGACAAAUUCUGUGGCGAGACGUUUUGGGACAUAAACAUAACGUGGCAUGCCGAAACACCCAGUUUCACGAGGUGUUUCGAACGCACGGCGCUAAUAUGGAUCCCCUGUGGGUUCUUGUGGGUCUUUGCACCCCUGGAGGUGUUUUAUUUGAAGAACAGCCUUGACAGGCUGGUUCCUUGGACUUGGGUUAAUAUAGGUAAGAUGAUUGGUUCGCUCAUCUUGCUGAUAAUCCAAGCAACAGACUUCUUUUUUGCGGUAUCCAGAGGUAGUUCAGACGAUACUGUGUAUGGGGUGGAGUACGCUGCCCCAGCAAUACUGUUUUUAACCAUACUCUUGCAAUUCAUAUUCGUGCUUCUGGAAAAGAAGAGGGGCUUCCAAAGCUCUGGGUAUCUCUUCCUGUUCUGGGCACUCCUGGUCGUGUGCGGCAUACCCGAGUACGUGAGCUACCUCACGGAUAUCCCGAGUAAGGACACUCUGAUGUUCUCGCUAUACAUGGUAUAUUUCCCCGCGAUCGUCAUCAUGCUCAUACUCAAUUGCUUAGGCGACGCUGUGCCAAAAUACGUCCAUUUCAACAGAGGAGAGAAACCUUCCCCAGAACCCAGCGCUUCUUUCUUGAACCGCAUUUUCUUCGCUUGGCUCGACCCCCUCAUCUGGAAGGGUUACAGGAAACCGCUGCAGAGGAAGGACCUGUGGAAUCUCGCUUACGAGAAUGCCUCGUACUUUGUGGUAUCUGUGUGGAACAAGAACUACCUGAGAAGUAGGGCGAAGGCAGAAAAAAAAGUGGCAUCCGAAACGUGGGCGUCGCCCUCCAAAAAUGCCAAUCACAUCGAGAUGACAGGGCAGACUAGGCCUAAAGCUCCUCCCAUAUCCAUCUUGCCAACGAUGGUGCGCACCUUCGGGCCUUCGUUCCUCUUCGGAGCCGUUCUCAAGCUGAUGUAUGAUAUGCUUCAGUUCGCAAGCCCCAUAAUUCUCAGGUAUCUGAUAGCGUUCACCGAGCCGGGCAACGAAGACCCCGCUUGGCACGGCUACUUCUACGCGGUGCUCAUGUUCGUCGCCGCCCAGAUCCAGUCGCUCAUACUCGGCCAGUACUUCGAGAAAAUGUUCCUGAUUGGCCUGAGGAUUCGGACUGGCGUCAUCUCCGCCGUUUACCAGAAGGCCCUGAAAGUGUCCAGCUCUGCCAGGAAGGAGUCCACUGUGGGAGAAAUCGUGAAUCUGAUGUCCGUCGACGCCCAGAGGUUCAUGGAUCUUUCCACGUACAUCAAUCUCCUGUGGUCGGCUCCUCUGCAGAUAGCCGUCGCCCUCUACCUUCUGUGGGACCUCUUGGGCAUAUCUGUUUUGGCCGGUGUCGGGGUGUUGGUGGCCCUCAUACCCAUCAACGGUUUCAUUGCCAGCAAGAAUAAGAACUUCCAGAUCAGCCAGAUGAAGAAUAAGGACAAGAGAGUCAAGCUGAUGAACGAGAUUCUCAAUGGGAUAAAGGUGCUGAAGCUCUACGCCUGGGAGCCCUCCUACCAAGAGCAGGUGAUGGGCGUCAGAGAGAAGGAAAUCAAGGUGCUGAAGAAAGCCGCUUACCUGAACGCCGGCACCUCCAUCAUCUGGUCGUGCACGCCUUUUCUCGUCACCCUCGUCAUGUUCCUAACCUUUGUCAUGUCGGAUCCUCAUAAUAUCUUGACAUCCGAAAGGAUAUUUACCUCGAUCUCACUCCUGAACAUCCUCAGGAUGCCGAUGACUAUGUUGCCCUUCCUCAUAGUGGCUACGGUCCAGGUAUCCCUAGCGACAUUUGCCACGUACGUGAUUCUAUCUCCUGCAAAUAUCCUUGGUCCCAAGAAAGCGUUUGUAGCCCUGUCCCUGUUUAAUCUGCUCAGAUUUCCGAUAUCUAUGAUGCCUAUGCUGGUAGCCAGCGUUGUCCAGGCAAACGUGUCCCUGAAGAGGCUGAACAAAUUCUUGAAUGGUGACGAACUCGACCCGAACAGCGUUUCGCACGACAGCAAUCAUAGCAAAACUAUCUCCAUAGAAAACGGAACAUUUUCCUGGGGACACGACGAAGAGGAUGGGAAGCCAGUCCUGAGGGAUAUCAAUAUCCAGGUUGACGAGGGAUCCCUAGUUGCAGUUGUGGGCACAGUGGGUUCGGGGAAGUCCUCUCUCUGUUCCGCCAUUCUGGGAGAGAUGGAAAAGCAGUCGGGGAUGGUCAAUGUGAAGGGACGCAUAGCGUACGUAGCCCAGCAGGCGUGGAUUCAGAACGCAACCCUGGAGAACAACAUUCUCUUCAACAAGGAAAAGGACGAACAUUAUUACAAGAAGUGCAUCAGGACUUGCGCCUUGAGGCACCUCGACAUGUUACCUGGUGGUGACCAGACGGAGAUUGGCGAAAAGGGCAUCAACCUGAGCGGGGGCCAGAAACAGCGCGUGAGUUUGGCCCGGGCGGUGUACUCCGACUCCGACGUCUAUCUGCUGGACGACCCACUGAGCGCCGUCGAUUCACACGUCGGCAAGCACAUCUUCGAGCAGGUCAUAGGGCCUGAAGGGGUGCUCAGGAAGAAGACGCGCAUCCUGGUGACCCACAGCGUGACCUACCUGCCGCAGGUGGACAAGAUCAUCGUCCUGAAGAACGGCGUCGUGACAGAGCACGGGACCUUCGCCGAGCUGAUGGCCAAGAAGGGAGAGUUCCAGGAUUUCCUGCUCGAGUACCUGUCCAAAGCCGAGGACGAAGAAGUCGACGAAGGAGAUCUGGAGGACAUCAAGAACCAGCUGGCUGACAAGAUGGGGCACGAGGUCUUCCAGAGACAGAUCUCUCGGAUGUCCGAGAAGAGGGACAGCGAGACCGAGAGCAUCCAAGACUCAGAGAAAAGCCCCGAAAAUACGCGAGGCAGCCUCAGGCAGAGGGUGAAGAGAGUGAGCGAGAGCGAGAAACCAAGGGAGAAGUCAGCCACUCCGGUUCGUCAGGCGAAGGCUGGCGAGAAGCUGAUAGAAGCCGAGAAAGCAGAGACUGGCAAGGUCUCAGGAUACGUCUACGUUUAUUACAUCAAAGCUGUCGGAGUGGUGGUAGUGACCCUGACUUUCCUAUUCGGCAUACUCUCCCAAGUAGCCACAGUAGGAUCCAAUAUGUGGCUCACUGCCUGGUCGAACGAGAACGUCACCGAUGAAACGCAAGACCCAGCAGUCAGAGACAAAUAUUUGGGAGUGUACGGUGCUCUGGGAGCCGUUCAAGCAAUAACUACAAUGUUCCAAUCUCUUAUAUCAACGAGAGGAACGAUAUUUGCCUCAUCGGCUCUUCACGCUAAUUUAUUGACAAACGUCCUGAGAAGUCCAAUGUCCUUUUUUGAUGUCACGCCUGUCGGACGCCUGGUCAAUAGAUUUGCCAAAGAUCUGGACACGGUAGAUGUGAUGCUCCCAUCAAAUUUUAAGUCAUGGCUCGCGUGUUUGUUGACGGUCGUAUCGACAUUCGUAGCCAUCAUCUAUGCGACGCCGAUCUUCUUAGCGGUCAUUGUACCCACCAUGAUCAUCUAUUACUUCGUCCAGGUCUUAUAUGUGUCCUCGUCACGACAACUCAAGCGCUUGGAAUCUGUGUCGAGGUCUCCAAUUUAUUCGCAUUUUCAAGAGACUAUCCAAGGUGCUUCCACAGUGCGGGCCUUCAACAGAGAAGAACAUCAAGUUUAUCAACGGACGUCAGAAAGUUUGAUAUAUUUUAAUACAAUUUUAUCUUCGUUCAUUUCCAGGUGGCUGUCCAUUCGCCUGGAGUUCAUUGGCAACAUUCUGACGUUCUUCGCCGCUCUGUUCGCCGUCAUGAGCAGAGAUACCAUAAGCAGCGGGUUGGUCGGGUUCUCUGUCAGUUACGCUCUGUCUGUAACUCAAAUCUUGACGUGGCUCGUACGAAUGACGUCAGACGUGGAAACGAACAUCGUGGCUGUGGAACGUAUCAAAGAGUAUACCGAGACACCGCAAGAGGCCCCCUGGGAUAUACCGGACAACAAACCGCCUAAGAGCUGGCCCGACCGCGGACUGGUGAAAUUCGAAAACUACUCCACGAGGUACAGAGAAGGAUUGGAUCUGGUCGUCAAAGACAUUCAUUGUGACAUCCAAGGAGGAGAGAAGAUCGGAAUAGUGGGCCGUACGGGGGCCGGAAAGUCUUCGCUCACUCUGGCUCUCUUCCGUAUCAUCGAACCGGCCGGUGGCAUCAUAUCCAUCGAUGGCGUCGAUAUAGGCAAAAUCGGCCUCCACGAUUUGCGAGGCGGACUGACGAUCAUCCCGCAGGACCCAGUUCUCUUCAGCGGUUCUCUGCGAAUGAAUCUAGAUCCGUUCAACAGCUACAGCGACGACCAGGUGUGGUCGGCUCUUGAGCACUCACACCUGAAGGAGUUCGUCUCCGGAUUGGCCAAUCAACUGCAGUUCGAGGUGGCUGAAGGAGGGGACAACCUCAGCGUCGGCCAGAGACAGCUGGUGUGCCUGGCCAGGGCUCUUCUUCGCAAAACCCGCAUCUUGAUCCUGGACGAAGCCACAGCCGCCGUCGAUCUGGAAACGGACGCGCUCAUUCAGGAGACUAUCCGUAGGGAGUUCGCCGAGUGUACCGUACUUACUAUCGCUCAUAGAUUGAAUACCAUCAUGGAUUCCACAAGAGUGCUCGUUCUCGACAAAGGAAGAAUCAAAGAAUUCGACACCCCAGGUUCUCUUUUGAAAGAUACCAGCACCAUCUUCUACGGCAUGGCCAAGGAUGCAGGUUUAGUUUAAGAGACUGUACAAUUCCUUAAAAAUACAGUACGAAUUUUCUGUGACUUUAGACUUUUAAGUUAACUGCAUCUUCACCGUGUGAAGAUUAUCUUACAAUAAUUUUUCAAUGUAGUUUUUAGUUUCUGUGUUUUGAGCGCGAGGAUUUUGUAUGCCGAAGUUGUCAUGAGUCAUGACUGGCUCAGGCGGGAAUCACUGGCCCAAGUUGAUUAGUGAGUGGUGAAUGAGCUUGGUGAAACAAAUAGUUCACCUACGAGUCUCCGACACAGAUAGUACGAUGUCAUUCCACUUUUUUUUUUUUCUUUCUUUUUUAAACAUUAUCAGUUGUUUUUUUUAGAAUAUCGACGUAUUGUUCUUUGUUAAAGGAGUAUUUAUACGUUUUCCAUUUGGUAAAUUAUUUUGUGCAUUACGAUGAGGGCAGUAGGCCAACGUGCCGAAGAUUACUGUGAAUCACUUUUCACACAGUGGCCUCUUCAUCUUCUUGAAAUCCCAGUCACACUUUAUUUUCGAUAUGGUUACCCAUGAAAGUUUAGAACACACCCAUAUCAUUACACACACAUAGAUAUUAAAGGAUAUUUGUAGUGAAUGCGCAUACUACAUACAUUCGUAGACCCAUGUUUGAAGGUGGCGGUGAAUAAUUACACACAAAAUAUAUCUUGAUUUUCCUUUUCAAAAUGUUCAGUUUCUAGCUAGUGAUAACAGAAGGGCACUGGUAUGAAGUCCAUAUGCCCACUGGGUUCGUAGUAUGACUCAUUACAGGAAAUACUAAACAGUACAAAUGUGACAAAGCAAAUGACAGCAACAAUUGUAUCUCAGUGGCACUGCAUAUCAGAAAUCGGUGUUAGUAUGGUAUAAGUGCUGUGCACUACUUGUACUUAGUGCUGACAGUUAGAAACACGUCUUAGUGCCUGCGCAGCAGCAUGAGUGUUUACGCUUCAUCGUACACAUUGGUGAGUGCUGACUGUCAGUCUGGUCAGACAGGUAUAGUACGUGUUAUUGUUGAACCACACCCUAUUCUGAGUGUUCUUUGUAAUAAGAACGAAAGAACAUGGAAACUGAUGGUACGUUUAUCGUCUUUUAUAUAAAUAUUAAUCGUUUUGAAAUAAAGAUGAAUUGUCGA